AUGCGAGCACUACUGUUGGAACCGGCGGUCGAUUUAGUCAAACGGAUCAAAACCGGACAAUUAAAAAGUGAAGUUUUAGUCAAAGCAUACAUCGAUCGCAUCAAAACAGUUCAGCCGCACAUAAACGCAGUGAUCGACGAGCGCUACGACGAGGCGAUCAUCGAUGCCAUCGAAGUGGACAAACGGGUCGCACAUGAACUCCACGGCAACGAACCACUCAAUGGAGUGUCCAUUCAUUCCCAGCCAUUGCUCGGCAUUCCCUUCUCCGGCAAAGACAGUGUUUCCAUAAAAGGCAUGUUAUUUAUGGCCGGAUGUCCCGCACGGAAGGGUAUCAGAGCCACAAAGGAUGCGCCCGUUUGUGAGCGCAUGAGAAACGCCGGAGCGAUACCC